AUGGACUUCGCCAACGCCGCGACCAGCGGUGGAAGUCGUGGGCGGCCCGUUGCGGCGCCCGCGCUGCUGCUGUCCGCGGCGGCGGCGCUGGUCGUGGCGCUGGCGGCGGGCCCGCAGGAGGAAGUUGCUGCGGGGAAGGGCCCAGACUUCUUCGGCCUCCUGUUCAAUCUCAAGGAGGAGGAGAGGGACAUCAGGAAAUCCGAGGAGGUGAUCCAGAAGGAUCGUUAG